GAAAUCAGUAAUAACUCAAAUUGAAAAAAAUUGACCAGAAGCAUUCAAUGAGUGUUUUCUUUUCUGAUCUAUACACAAAAACUUUGUAUAGUGCUGUAUUUUUUAAGAGAUCAUUGAUUGUAUUUGUUCUCAGAUGGAAGGGAAGUAGGUUUAUAAGUAGAUUUGUGCUCCUUGGCAGCCCAGUUUGCUUUCACUGUGUGUGUGUGUGUGUUUAUGUGUGUGUGUGUAUGUGUGUGUGUGUGUGUGUGUGCGCGCGCGCGUGCUCAAACAUAUCUUUAACAGUAAAGCUGAUGGAGCAAAAGAAAUUAAAAGUGUAAACAGCCCAGUAGUAUAGGGCAGACUGAUCCCAGAGACGGAGGAGAAAAUGGUGGUAUUGUCUUUGGAAGGAAUGUCAGAGUGGCUGGCACACAGGGGAAAGUGCUGAUAAGCAGAAUGACAAAAGCUGGUUUCAUGAGUGGUUCCCAGCAGCCAGGGUACACUCCCAGCUGAUUGCCCUGCUAUUUUCGGUGUCCCCAUAUCAUGACUAAAUACACGCCACUUGACUGGAAGCCACGAAUAUGGUAAGUCAGCAAGGCAUUCUGGGAGGUACUACCUUGUCAGGCAGACACCUUCCAGACUCUCGGCUGCCUCCACCCACCCCUCAUGUCAAUAGUUAAGAAAAUUCUGACUAGCUCCGACCUCCUUCCUAGGAGGUAGGGGAAACCUUUACAUUUCCCAAGGCGGGUAUUUUUAGCCAUGAUGCUCUCUGUCCAGAGUGUGAACUAAUUGAGUUAUCAGGUUACAUACUUGGCCACAGAGGAUGGCCGUGGAAGAGGGAGACAGCUUCCCAGAACAAUCUGAUGCCAACGCGAGUUACUUAAGAGCAGCUCGAGCUGGACACUUAGAGAAGGCCCUUGACUACAUAAAAAACGGGGUUGACAUCAACAUUUGCAAUCAGAAUGGGUUGAAUGCUCUCCAUCUUGCGUCCAAAGAAGGCCAUGUAGAAGUUGUCUCUGAACUGCUCCAGAGAGAAGCCAAUGUGGAUGCAGCUACGAAGAAAGGAAACACAGCAUUGCAUAUAGCAUCUUUGGCUGGGCAAGCAGAGGUGGUAAAGGUCUUGGUUACAAAUGGAGCCAAUGUCAAUGCACAAUCUCAGAAUGGUUUCACGCCAUUGUAUAUGGCAGCCCAGGAGAACCACCUGGAAGUUGUCAAGUUUCUUCUUGACAACGGUGCAAGCCAGAGCCUGGCCACGGAGGAUGGCUUCACACCAUUGGCAGUAGCUUUGCAACAAGGUCACGAUCAAGUAGUGUCACUCCUGCUGGAAAACGACACUAAAGGAAAAGUGCGUCUUCCAGCUCUUCAUAUUGCGGCCCGGAAAGAUGACACGAAGGCCGCUGCCCUGCUGCUGCAGAACGACAACAACGCAGACGUGGAGUCCAAGAGUGGCUUCACUCCGCUCCACAUAGCUGCUCACUAUGGAAACAUCAAUGUGGCCACGUUGCUGUUAAACAGAGCAGCUGCUGUGGACUUCACCGCCCGGAAUGACAUCACUCCUUUACAUGUUGCAUCAAAAAGAGGAAAUGCCAAUAUGGUAAAACUAUUGCUUGAUCGAGGAGCUAAAAUCGAUGCCAAAACAAGGGAUGGUCUGACGCCGCUGCACUGUGGAGCCAGGAGUGGCCACGAGCAGGUGGUGGAGAUGCUGCUCGAUCGAGCUGCCCCCAUUCUCUCAAAAACCAAGAAUGGACUGUCUCCGUUGCACAUGGCCACACAAGGGGAUCAUUUAAACUGCGUCCAACUUCUCCUCCAGCAUAACGUGCCUGUGGACGACGUCACCAAUGACUACCUGACCGCCCUGCACGUGGCUGCCCACUGUGGCCAUUACAAAGUCGCCAAGGUUCUCUUGGAUAAGAAAGCUAACCCCAACGCCAAAGCCCUGAAUGGCUUUACCCCUCUUCAUAUUGCCUGCAAAAAGAAUCGAAUUAAAGUAAUGGAACUCCUUCUGAAACACGGUGCAUCCAUCCAAGCCGUAACCGAGUCGGGCCUCACCCCAAUCCAUGUUGCUGCCUUCAUGGGGCAUGUAAAUAUCGUGUCACAACUAAUGCAUCACGGAGCCUCACCCAACACCACCAACGUGAGAGGAGAAACAGCACUGCACAUGGCAGCUCGGUCCGGCCAAGCUGAAGUCGUGCGGUAUCUGGUGCAAGACGGAGCUCAGGUAGAAGCUAAAGCUAAGGAUGACCAAACCCCACUCCACAUUUCUGCCCGACUGGGGAAGGCGGAUAUAGUCCAACAGCUGUUGCAGCAAGGGGCGUCUCCAAAUGCAGCCACGACUUCUGGGUACACCCCGCUCCACCUUUCAGCCCGAGAAGGGCAUGAGGAUGUGGCCGCAUUCCUUUUGGAUCAUGGAGCAUCGUUAUCCAUAACAACAAAGAAAGGAUUUACUCCCCUUCAUGUGGCAGCAAAAUAUGGGAAGCUUGAAGUAGCCAAUCUUCUGCUCCAGAAAAGUGCGUCUCCAGAUGCUGCUGGGAAGAGCGGGCUAACUCCACUGCAUGUAGCUGCACAUUACGAUAAUCAGAAAGUGGCCCUCCUGCUUCUGGACCAAGGAGCCUCACCUCAUGCGGCUGCAAAGAACGGUUAUACACCGCUGCACAUCGCUGCCAAAAAGAACCAGAUGGACAUAGCGACAACUCUGCUGGAAUAUGGUGCUGAUGCAAAUGCAGUUACCCGGCAAGGAAUUGCUUCCGUCCAUCUCGCAGCUCAGGAAGGACACGUGGACAUGGUGUCGCUGCUCCUCAGCAGAAAUGCUAACGUGAACUUGAGUAAUAAGAGUGGCCUGACCCCACUCCAUCUGGCUGCUCAGGAAGACAGAGUGAAUGUGGCCGAAGUCCUCGUAAACCAAGGAGCACACGUGGACGCCCAGACAAAGAUGGGGUACACACCACUCCAUGUGGGCUGCCACUAUGGAAACAUCAAGAUUGUUAACUUCCUGCUCCAGCAUUCUGCAAAAGUUAAUGCCAAAACGAAGAAUGGGUAUACGCCGUUACACCAAGCAGCUCAACAGGGACAUACGCACAUAAUCAAUGUCUUGCUUCAGAACAACGCCUCCCCCAAUGAACUCACUGUGAAUGGGAACACUGCCCUGGCCAUUGCCCGGAGGCUCGGCUACAUCUCAGUGGUCGACACCCUGAAGGUGGUGACGGAGGAGACCAUGACCACGACUACUGUCAUAGAGAAGCACAAAAUGAAUGUUCCAGAAACAAUGAAUGAAGUUCUUGAUAUGUCUGAUGAUGAAGUUCGUAAAGCCAAUGCCCCUGAAAUGCUCAGUGAUGGCGAAUAUAUCUCAGAUGUUGAAGAAGGUGAUAGAUGCACAUGGUAUAAAAUUCCCAAGGUACAAGUGUUUACGGUGAAAAGUGAAGAUGCGAUGACAGGGGACACUGACAAGUAUCUUGGGCCACAGGACCUUAAGGAACUGGGCGAUGAUUCUCUGCCCGCAGAGGGCUACGUGGGCUUCAGUCUGGGGGCCCGUUCUGCCAGCCUCCGCUCGUUCAGUUCGGAUAGGUCCUACACCUUGAACAGAAGCUCCUACGCCCGCGACAGCAUGAUGAUCGAAGAACUCCUGGUCCCAUCCAAGGAGCAGCAUCUAACAUUCACAAGAGAACUCGAUUCAGAUUCUCUUAGACAUUACAGCUGGGCUGCAGACACCUUGGACAAUGUCAAUCUCGUCUCAAGUCCUGUUCAUUCUGGGUUUCUGGUUAGCUUUAUGGUGGAUGCACGAGGUGGUUCCAUGAGAGGAAGCCGGCACCACGGGAUGAGAAUCAUCAUUCCUCCACGCAAGUGUACAGCCCCCACCCGCAUCACCUGCCGUUUGGUAAAGAGACAUAAACUGGCCAACCCACCCCCCAUGGUGGAAGGAGAGGGAUUAGCCAGUAGGCUGGUAGAAAUGGGUCCUGCAGGGGCACAAUUUUUAGGCCCUGUCAUAGUGGAAAUCCCUCACUUUGGGUCUAUGAGAGGAAAAGAGAGAGAACUCAUUGUUCUUCGAAGUGAAAAUGGUGAAACAUGGAAGGAGCAUCAGUUUGACAGUAAAAAUGAAGAUUUAACUGAAUUACUUAAUGGCAUGGAUGAAGAACUCGACAGCCCAGAAGAGCUAGGGAAAAAGCGCAUCUGCAGGAUCAUCACUAAGGACUUCCCCCAGUAUUUUGCGGUGGUUUCACGAAUUAAGCAGGAAAGCAACCAGAUUGGUCCUGAAGGUGGAAUUCUGAGCAGUACCACGGUGCCCCUCGUCCAGGCUUCUUUCCCCGAGGGUGCUUUAACCAAAAGAAUUCGAGUAGGCCUUCAGGCCCAGCCUGUUCCAGAUGAAAUUGUGAAAAAGAUCCUUGGAAACAAAGCAACAUUUAGCCCAAUUGUCACUGUGGAACCAAGAAGAAGGAAAUUCCAUAAGCCUAUCACAAUGACCAUUCCAGUGCCCCCGCCCUCAGGAGAAGGCGUGGCCAACGGGUACAAGGGGGACGCCACGCCCAACCUGCGCCUCCUCUGUAGCAUCACAGGGGGCACAUCGCCUGCUCAGUGGGAAGACAUCACAGGAACCACUCCCUUGACAUUUAUAAAGGAUUGUGUGUCUUUUACAACCAAUGUUUCAGCCAGAUUUUGGCUUGCAGACUGCCAUCAAGUUUUAGAAACUGUGGGGUUAGCCACACAACUGUACAGAGAAUUAAUAUGUGUUCCAUAUAUGGCCAAGUUUGUUGUUUUUGCCAAAAUGAAUGAUCCUGUAGAAUCCUCCCUGCGGUGUUUCUGCAUGACAGAUGAUAAAGUGGACAAGACUUUAGAGCAGCAGGAGAAUUUUGAGGAAGUUGCAAGAAGCAAAGAUAUUGAGGUUCUGGAAGGAAAACCUAUUUAUGUUGAUUGUUAUGGAAACUUGGCCCCACUUAUCAAAGGAGGACAGCAACUUGUUUUUAACUUCUAUGCUUUCAAAGAAAAUAGACUGCCAUUUUCCAUCAAGAUUAGAGACACCAGCCAGGAGCCCUGUGGUCGCCUGUCUUUUCUGAAAGAACCAAAGACAACAAAAGGACUGCCUCAAACAGCUGUUUGCAACUUAAACAUCACUCUGCCAGCACAUAAAAAGGAGACAGAGUCAGAUCAAGAUGAUGAGGGCGAGAAAGCGGACCGACGACAGAGCUUUGCAUCGUUAGCUUUACGUAAGCGCUACAGCUACUUGACGGAGCCUGGAAUGAAAACAGUUGAACGGAGUGCAGGAGCAACAAGAUCCCUCCCCACUACUUACUCAUACAAGCCGUUCUUUUCUACAAGACCAUACCAGUCCUGGACAACAGCUCCGAUCACAGUGCCCGGGCCGGCCAAGUCAGGCUUCACUUCCUUAUCAAGUUCUUCCUCUAAUACGCCAUCAGCAUCUCCAUUAAAAUCAAUAUGGUCUGUUUCGACUCCUUCUCCAAUCAAAUCCACGUUAGGCGCAUCAACCACAUCUUCAGUUAAAUCCAUUAGUGACGUGGCAUCUCCAAUUAGAUCCUUUCGGACAAUUUCUUCGCCAAUAAAAACAGUGGUGUCACAAUCUCCAUACAAUAUCCAAGUUUCCUCUGGUACCCUGGUUAGAGCUCCCACAGUCACGGAGGCCUCGCCUUUAAAAGGGCUGGCAUCCAGUUCCACGUUUUCCUCUCGAACCUCUCCAGUGACUACAGCAGGAUCUCUUUUGGAGAGGUCGUCAAUUACUAUGACGCCCCCUGCCUCCCCCAAAUCAAACAUUAAUAUGUAUUCCUCAAGUUUGCCAUUUAAGUCAAUUAUUACAUCCGCAGCACCGCUAAUAUCUUCACCUUUAAAGUCAGUGGUGUCUCCAGCUAAAUCAACAGCUGAGGUUAUCUCAUCAGCUAAAGUUACAAUGGCCUCUUCUCUCUCAUCACCCGUGAAACAGAUGCCUGGACACGCAGAGGUAGCAUUAGUCAACGGAUCUGUUUCCCCUCUGAAAUAUCCAUCAUCUUCAACCUUAAUUAAUGGAUGCAAAGCCACUGCCACGCUACAGGAAAAAAUUUCCACAGCUACAAACUCUGUGAGCUCUGUGGUUCAUGCAACCACUGACACAGUUGAGAAAGUGUUCCCUGCCACGACAGCAAUGCCAUUUUCCCCACUCAGGUCCUAUGUUUCUUCAGCACCAUCAGCUUUUCAGUCUCUAAGGACUCCUUCUGCAAGUGCACUCUAUACAUCCCUUGGGUCGUCAAUAUCUGCAACUACCUCAUCUGUAACUUCAUCGAUAAUAACAGUGCCAGUAUACUCUGUAGUCAAUGUUUCGCCAGAACCAGCACUAAAGAAACUUCCAGACUCUAAUUCACUUACGAAAUCAGCAGCAGCCUUGCUGUCACCCAUUAAAACAUUGACUACGGAGACACAUCCACAGCCCCAUUUCAAUCGAACUUCAUCUCCAGUUAAGUCAUCUUUGUUCCUUGCACCGUCUGCCCUUAAGUUGUCUACACCAUCUUCUCUAUCUUCCAGUCAGGAGAUACUAAAAGACGUGGCUGAAAUGAAAGAGGACCUAAUGCGGAUGACUGCAAUACUCCAAACAGAUGUGCCUGAGGAGAAGCCAUUCCAACCCGAACUCCCCAAAGAGGGGAGAAUGGACGAUGAAGAACCUUUCAAAAUUGUCGAGAAAGUAAAGGAAGACUUAGUGAAAGUUAGUGAAAUCCUCAAAAAAGAUGUCUGUGUAGAUAACAAAGGACCACCCAAAUCACCAAAGAGUGACACAGGACAGUCUCCCGAAGAUGACUGGAUAGAAUUUAGUUCAGAAGAAAUAAGAGAAGCAAGACAAGCUUCUGUGAGUCAUUCUCCCUCUCUGCCAGAGAGAGUACAAGUAAAAGCCAAGGCCGCCUCCGAAAAGGAUUAUAACUUGACCAAAGUGAUUGAUUACUUGACAAAUGAUAUCGGGAGCAGUUCACUGACAAACUUAAAGUACAAGUUUGAGGAUGCAAAGAAGGAUGGUGAAGAGAGACAGAAAAGAAUUUUAAAGCCAGCAAUUGCUCUGCAGGAACACAAACUCAAAAUGCCUCCAGCCUCCAUGAGGCCAUCCACCUCCGAGAAAGAGUUAUGUAAAAUGGCCGAUUCCUUUUUUGGAACAGAUACAAUUUUAGAGUCUCCAGAUGACUUCUCUCAACACGAUCAAGAUAAAAGUCCCUUGUCCGACAGUGGCUUUGAAACAAGAAGUGAAAAAACACCUUCAGCCCCACAAAGCGCUGAAAGCACUGGUCCUAAACCACUUUUUCAUGAAGUCCCCAUCCCUCCAGUCAUUACAGAAACGAGAACUGAAGUGGUUCACGUUAUCAGGAGCUAUGAGCCCUCAGCUGGGGAUGCUCCCCAGCCCCAGCCAGAGGAGCCCGUGUCACCCAAGCCUUCACCUACUUUUAUGGAAUUGGAACCAAAGCCCACCACUUCUAGUAUUAAAGAGAAAGUUAAAGCAUUUCAAAUGAAAGCAAAUGGCGAAGAAGACGACCACAACCGAGUUCUCGGCAAAGGCGUGCGCGUUAAAGAGGAGACUCACAUCACCACCACCACCAGGAUGGUUUAUCAUUCUCCGCCAGGGAGCGAAGGUGCCUCUGAAAGACUUGAAGAAACCAUGUCAGUCCACGACAUCAUGAAGGCCUUUCAGUCCGGGCGGGAUCCUUCCAAAGAGCUGGCAGGUCUGUUUGAACAUAAGUCGGCAGUGUCUCCAGAGGUUCACAAGUCUGCUGCUGAAACCUCAGCCCAGCAUGCAGAGGACAACCAAAUGAAACCCAAACUGGAGCGUAUAAUAGAAGUCCACAUCGAAAAAGGUAACCAAGCUGAACCCACUGAAGUCAUUAUUAGAGAAACCAAAAAGCAUCCAGAAAAGGAAAUGUAUGUAUAUCAGAAAGACUUAUCCCGGGGAGAUAUUAACCUAAAAGAUUUUCUGCCAGAAAAACACGAUGCUUUUCCUUGUUCAGAGGAACAGGGUCAGCAAGAAGAAGAAGAACUCACUGCUGAAGAGUCACUGCCUUCUUAUCUGGAGUCUUCCAGAGUGAACACUCCUGUGUCCCAAGAAGAAGACAGCCGCCCUAGUUCUGCUCAACUCAUAUCUGAUGACUCUUAUAAAACAUUGAAGCUUUUGAGUCAACACUCAAUAGAAUACCAUGACGAUGAGUUGUCAGAACUAAGAGGGGAGUCUUACAGGUUUGCUGAGAAAAUGCUUCUGUCAGAAAAGCUAGAUGUGUCUCAUUCUGAUACUGAGGAAUCGGUUACAGACCAUGCAGGACCCCCUAGCUCAGAGUUACAGGCGUCUGAUAAGCGGUCCAGAGAAAAAGUAGUCACUGCCCCCCCAAAAGAAAUUCUCUCCAAAAUCUAUAAAGAUGUGUCUGAAAAUGGUGUAGGUAAAGUGUCUAAAGAUGAGCAUUUUGAUAAAGUGACAGUGUUGCACUACUCUGGCGAUGUUAGUAGUCCAAAACAUGCCAUGUGGAUGCGCUUUACUGAGGACAGAUUAGACAGAGGUAGAGAGAAGUUGAUAUACGAAGAUAGGGUGGACAGGACUGUGAAGGAAGCUGAAGAAAAACUGACUCAAGUGUCACAGUUUUUUCGUGACAAAACCGAAAAGCUCAAUGAUGAACUGCAGUCCCCCGAGAAAAAGCCACGCCCUAGAAAUGGCAAAGAAUACUCAUCUCAAAGCUCCACCAGUAGCAGCCCUGAGAAAGUGCUCCUGGCAGAACGGCUGGCAUCCAGUGAUGAGUGGGUUAAGGCGAGGCAGUGGGGCCAGGAUGGACAAGGCUUCCCUAAAGCUGAUGAGAGGGACGCAGCCAGCCCGCCCAGCAGCCCAGAGAAGGUUGUUGCCCAACAGACUGAGGACAGCAAGUCCACGGAGGAAGCCAAAGGAAGCGUUUCACAGAGCAAAGACCCCGAAGGGCCCCAGUCUGGGUUUCAGCUCAAACAAUCGAAACUCAGUUCCAUUCGACUAAAAUUUGAACAAGGCACACAGGCCAAAAGUAAGGACGUUUCUCAAGAAGACAAAAAGCCAGAUGGCCAAUCCAGAAUCCCGGUUAAAAAAAUCCAGGAGAGCAAGCUACCUGUCUACCAAGCGUUUGCCAGAGAAAAACAGCAGAAGGCCGUGGAUCUCAUUUCGGAUGAAAGUGUAUCUGUGCAAAAAGAUUUUAUGGUAUUAAAGGCAAAAGAUGAGCAUGCCCAGAGCAGUGAAACUGUUGUAAAUGAUUCCAGCUCUGAUGACGUGACAAAACAGAGAACUGAAAUGUUAAGUAAAGCUGUGCCUGACUAUUUUUCUGAACAACAGGCUAAAGACUUGGCCUGUCAUGUAACCUCAGAUUUAGCAACUAAGGGACCAUGGGACAAAAAGGUCUUUAGAACGUGGGAAAGUUCUGGAGCCACUAACAAUAAGUUGCAGAAAGAAAAACUUUCACAUGUACUUGUUCAUGAUGUAAGAGAGAAUCACUCUGGUCACCCUGAGAGUAAAAUGGUUGAUCAAAGGAAUGAAUUUUUGUCUGUGACUGAGAGAGAACACAAAUUGUUAACUAAUGGCUCUCUCUCAGAAAUUAAGGAAAUGACUGUAAAAUCUCCCUCCAAAAAAGUCUUAUAUAGAGAGUAUGUUGUUAAGGAAGGGGAACGCCCAGGUGGCUCUCUUGACCAGCCUUCCAGGAGAAGUGACAGCUCAGCCGUGUCGCACAUCCCGGUCAGAGUCGUGGACGAGAGGAGGAUGCCGUCUUCUCACAUUCCCGAUGGUUUCUGCGAACAGUCGACAUUUCCAAAACAUGAACUAUCCCAAAAGUUAUCCCAGUCAAGUCUGAGUAAAGAGACACUUGAGACACAGCACUUUAAUUCUAUAGAAGAUGAAAAAGUUACCUAUUCAGAAAUCAGCAAAGUUUCCAAACAGAGUUAUGUAGGCUUAUGCCCGCCUCUCCAGGAAACCGAAACCUCCCCGACCAAGUCUCCUGAUUCUUUAGAGUUUAGUCCAGGAAAGGAAUCUCCCCCUAGUGAUGUAUUCGACCACAGUCCCAUUGAUGGGUUGGAAAGAGUGGCACCACUAGCCCAGACAGAGGGAGGGAAAGAGAUAAAAACGUUACCUGUGUAUGUCAGUUUCGUGCAGGUGGGGAAGCAGUAUGAAAAGGAGAUACAACAAGGAAGUGUAAAAAAAAUCGUAAGUCAGGAAUGUAAGACAGUACAAGAGACCAGGGGGACCUUUUAUACAACUAGACAGCAGAAGCAACCUCCUUCUCCCCAAGGGAGUCCCGAAGAUGACACUCUAGAGCAAGUUUCCUUUCUAGACAGCUCUGGGAAAAGCCCCCUGACCCCAGAAACACCCAGUUCAGAGGAAGUGAGUUACGAAUUUACGUCUAAGACACCAGACUCGCUCAUAGCUUACAUACCAGGCAAACCCAGCCCAAUUCCCGAGGUUUCUGAGGAAUCUGAGGAAGAGGAGCAGGCCAAGUCAGCCUCCGUGAAGCAGGCUACAGUGGAGGAAACAGCAGCAGUCGAGCACGAAGUGCCUGACAACGUGAGCAAAGACUCUAGCCAAAGACCCAAAAACAACAGAGUUGCCUAUAUUGAGUUUCCCCCUCCUCCACCACUGGAUGCAGACCAGAUGGAGUCAGAUAAGAAACACCCCUACCUCCCUGAGAGAGAGGUUGACAUGAUUGAGGUCAAUCUGCAGGACGAGCACGACAAGUACCAGCUGGCUGAGCCAGUCAUCAGGGUGCAGCCACCCUCACCAGUUCCUCCUGGGGCAGACAUCAGUGAUUCCAGUGAUGACGAAUCUAUUUAUCAACCAGUCCCAGUUAAAAAAUACACCUUCAAGUUAAAGGAAGUAGACGAUGAACAAAAAGAAAUGACACAAUCCAAAGGCUCUGCUGAAAAGGCCUCCACCCAGAAAGAACUGGAAAUGAAUGGAUCCGGAAAAGAUCACGAAUUUGGCCUUGGCCUUGAUUCGCCUCAGAAUGAAACUGCCCAGAAUGGGAACAACGACCAGUCCAUCACAGAGUGUUCCAUUGCUACCACGGCAGAGUUUUCUCACGACACAGAUGCCACAGAGAUCGACUCCCUGGAUGGCUAUGACCUGCAGGAUGAAGAUGACGGCUUGACAGAGAGUGAUUCUAAACUCCCAAGCCAAGCCAUGGAGAUUAAGAAAGAUGUCUGGAGCAUGGAGGGCAUUCUGAAGCCAGCUGAUCGCUCCUUUAGCCAAAGCAAACUUGAAGUUAUCGAAGAGGAGGAGGGAAGGGUGGGACUGGAUGAAGAUAAGCCACCACCUAAAAGUCCUUCAUCUGAGAAGACUCCUGAUAAGACUGAUCAGAAGUCAGGGGCUCAGUUUUUUACACUAGAAGGCAGACACCCUGACAGAUCCGUGUUUCCCGAUACCUACUUCAGUUACAAAGUAGAUGAAGAAUUUGCCACUCCUUUUAAAACAGUAGCUACCAAAGGCCUAGAUUUUGACCCUUGGUCCAGUAACCGAGGGGAUGAUGAAGUUUAUGACAGUAAAGCGCGGGAAGAUGAAACUAAGCCAUUUGGUCUGGCUGUGGAAGACCGCUCUCCAGCAACAACCCCUGAUACAACGCCCGCCAGAACGCCAACUGACGAAAGUACCCCAACUAGUGAGCCUAACCCCUUCCCAUUUCAUGAAGGAAAAAUGUUUGAGAUGACUCGCAGUGGUGCAAUUGACAUGAGCAAGAGGGAUUUUGUUGAAGAGAGGCUCCAAUUUUUCCAGAUUGGUGAGCAUACUUCUGAAGGGAAGUCAGGGGACCCGGGGGAAGGGGAUAAAAGUAUGGUCACUGCCACACCACAGCCACAGUCAGGGGACACCACUGUAGAAACCAAUCUAGAGAGAAACGUAGAGGCACCUACAGUCGAACCUAACCCCAGCAGCCCGACCAGCGGAGAGUGUCAGGAAGGCACAUCCGGUAGCGGCUCCCAGGAGAAGGCAGCGGCAGCCACUAACACCUCUAAAGUUGAUCCCAAGUUGCGCACGCCUAUAAAAAUGGGAAUUUCUGCAUCCACCAUGACCAUGAAGAAAGAAGGCCCCGGAGAAGUGACAGAUAAGAUAGAAGCUGUGAUGACCAGUGGUCAGGGAUUAGAGAAUGAAACUAUAACAGUGAUCUCAAAUACAGCCAAUAGCCACAUGGGCGUUAGGCCCCAAGAAAAACAUGAUUUUCAAAAAGAUAACUUUAAUAACAACAACAAUUUGGAUGCUUCCACCAUACAGACAGAUAACAUCACAAGUAACAUAGUUCUGACAGAACAUUCUGCACCCACUUGUACCACAGAGAAAGCUAAUCCAGUGAAAAACUCCUCAGGAAAAAAGACAGGGGUACUGCAAGGACACUGUGUGAGAGAUAAGCAGAAAGUUCUCGGAGAGCAGCCAAAGACAAAGGAAUCGAUAGGGAUUAGGCAAAAAUCCAAACUUCCCAUAAAGGCCACUUCACCUAAAGAUAUCCUCCCACCAAAUCAUAUGCCAAACAUUAAUGUGAGUAAAAUGAAGCAAGUUAGUCAAUCUGAGAAAACCAAAACUGUUACUACUACUUCAUGUGUAGAUGUGAAGUCUAGAAUUCCAGUGAAAAACACACACAGGGAUACCACAGGCUCAGUUAGAAAGCCGUGUGCCACACACAAGCAAGAGCAGCCAGAGAAGGGCAAGGCCAAACAGCUUCCAUCCAAGUUGCCAGUAAAGGUAAGAUCCACCUGUGUCACCACCACCACCACCACCACCACCACCACUACCACCACCACCACCACCACAGUUAAAGUUAGGAAAAGUCAGCUUAAGGAAGUAUGUAAACAUUCCAUUGAAUAUUUUAAGGGAAUUAGUGGUGAGACCUUAAAGCUUGUGGACCGCCUCUCUGAAGAAGACAAAAAGAUGCAGUCCGAGCUGUCCGAUGAGGAAGACAGUACCUCCAGAACCACGUCGUUGUCCGAGACUUCCCGGGGUGGCUGGCCUUCGGUUACCACGAAGUCUACUAGAGAUAAGAAAACAGAGGCAGCACCUUUAAAAUCAAAGAGUGAAAAGGCCGGCAGUGAGAAAAGGAGCAGUAGGAGGACUGGUCCACAGAGUCCAUGUGAACGGACAGAUAUCAGAAUGGCAAUAGUAGCCGAUCAUCUGGGACUUAGUUGGACAGAACUGGCAAGGGAACUGAAUUUUUCAGUGGAUGAAAUCAAUCAAAUACGUGUGGAAAAUCCAAAUUCUUUAAUUUCUCAAAGCUUCAUGUUAUUAAAAAAAUGGGUUACCAGAGACGGAAAAAAUGCUACAACUGAUGCCUUAACUUCGGUCUUGACAAAAAUUAAUCGGAUAGAUAUAGUGACUCUGCUAGAAGGACCAAUAUUUGAUUAUGGAAAUAUUUCAGGCACCAGAAGUUUUGCAGAUGAGAACAAUGUUUUCCAUGACCCUGUUGAUGGUUGGCAGAACGAGACAUCAAGUGGAGACCUAGAGUCCCCUGCGCAAGCUCGAAGAAUAACUGGUGGGUUACUAGAUCGACUGGAUGACAGCCCGGACCAGUGUAGAGAUUCCAUUACCUCAUAUCUCAAAGGAGAACCUGGAAAAUUCGAAGCAAAUGGAAGCCAUGCAGAAGUCACUCCAGAAGCAAAGACAAAAUCUUACUUUCCAGAAGCCCAAAAUGAUGCAGGGAAACAGAGUGCAAAGGAAACUCUGAAACCAAAAAUACAAGGAUCUGGGCGUGCUGAUGAAGCAGCACCAUCACUAGCAGCGUAUCAGAAAGCUCUAGAAGAAACCAGCAAGUUUGUCAUAGAAGAGCCUAAACCCUGUGUGCCUGUCAGUAUGAAAAAGAUGAGUAGGACUUCUCCUGCAGAUGGAAAGCCAAAGCUUAACCUCCAUGAAGAAGAGGGGUCCAAUGGGUCUGAGCAAAAGCAGGGAGAAGGUUAUAAGGUGAAGACAAAGAAAGAAAUCCGGCACGUGGAAAAGAAGAGCCACUCGUAACAGCAGAUGGUCAGUCAAGGUGGAUCAUGUGUUUUUACUGCCAGUAUUGAGAAAUUCAUGGAAGAUAAAUCAGCAGGAAGUAAAAAUUCAUGGAGAAGGGUGUGUGUGUUUGCUGCUUCCACACAUUAAUGGCAUGAUUUUUUUUUAUGCAAAAAGAAAAAAAAAAAGAAAAAGAAAACCACCCACAUUUUAAUUUAGCAUGAGCCAAUUUACAGAGCAUGGAAAUUCACUUUCAUUCCCAGGAUUGGCACGUGUGCAAUUAGCAAUGCAGUGUAUAUACAAGAAGCCAUGCUGUUAACAGUUUAUCUCAAGUAAUUUGGUGUCAUUUACAAAAGGAAGAAAUUCCUGCAGCCAGAAGGGACAGAAGGAGAUGGAAUGAUCAAACCACGAAGAAACACUAAAAUUACUAAAUCCACAACAGCUCGCCUUAUUUUUCUUGGACCCAAACUGUCAGGGUAUAAACACUAUUUGUUUCUUUUUUAAAACAUCUAUAGUUUUGCUGUAAAUAAUAAUACUGUAUAAAUUCUAACAGAAAAAUAGAAUAAAUGUUGAUAAGGCACUGCCUCUUAGAACACAAACAGAAUAUUGCAGAUGCAUUUAACAUUAUAGGGGUCUCAAGUGACUUCACCCUAGAAGCAGAAGGCGGGGUUAUGGGUGGGGGGAUCUUCACUGAUUCUUGUAUAUUAGCAAUUAUAAUGUUUGUAUAUGCAAAACUGCUAGCUUGAUUUAAAAAAAAAAAACUUUAAAAUCUGCUGCAAAUUUAAAUAAUUCCCAAAAUGAGGAAUUCUGUAGUUCUGUGAAAAAAAUUUUUCUUCAGAAUACUAAUAUUUUGAUGCAUGUGUAUCACCUUAUUUUGAUUAAAUCUUUUCCAAUUUUGCAAACACUACAGUAUACUGCAACACAGAAGAUUUUAUCUGUAAACACAAAGCCCUUCAUCUAAUAUUUGUUGCUAUUGCCAAUUUUUCAAUGAAAUGACCUAAAAAUGAAAAAAAAAAAAAACCAAUACAGUAGUUGCUUUCGGGGGAGGGGGGGUGCUGUUAGCGCUUAAAAGGGGGUAAUGCUUGCCGCUUUAGAGGUGGAUGGUGCUCAUAAGAGGCCCCCAUCAGGGGUACUUUAUAUGGACUGAACAGAAAUUCUUAGCUAGUAGAAUGGCAGCACGCUGUAAAAUUAUUACUGUAUCGUGUACUGGCUAUAAGAUGUAGACACCUUUCAGUAAGCCAAUCAUUUGUAACCAUUCUAGCAGUGUCAUAUUAGGUUAUUAAGGCUGCUGUGUUUUAAAGGGCAUUUUUAUUUGGGUUUUGGUGAAAUUCUUUAAUUUGUUGAUUAUAUUCAUAUAAAAUCAGCAUUCAUUGACACCUAGCUCUAAUGACAUAUGUAUGAAAAACCAUACACUGGAUGACCUAGUCGAUUAUUUAAGCAUAAAAUAAAUUGUGUCAAACUCCUCA